GAGGAGGGAUGUAUAGACGUAUAGAUUUAUACUCUUGUAAGUGUACCUAGUUGUUCUAACUGUGGUGAUGACGGUAACAACUUGUAGGUACAGGAGGGGAAUAAAAAGCAAUAAAGACAACUAUAACAUUCGCUAGCUAGUCCUUUACCCGGCUAUCGCCAUCGUCUCCCCCACCUCUUUUUCCUCAACACACAUUCUACAGCAGGUGUGUGGUAGUACUGCUCUCUCCUACAUACAGUAAAUACUCCGAUACUCAAGCCGCUCCCGCGUGCCAUCCUAGCAACGUACUAGAGACAUCUUCAAGCCAAGAAGUCCGGUACUAAUAGAGGUAGGUACAUAGUAGGUGGGUAGAGAUAGGUCUAUCCAUGUUACCUUGCGAUAUAGUCCCUUUAUUAGUCUAUUCAAGCUCGCUACCUAUUUUGCCGGAUGUGUCACAAUAAAUAGUAUCUCUCAACUGACGUGAAAUACCACUUUGGUCCUCUCUUCUUUAUCCAAGAACGCUUCAGUUAAGACAUACAGAUCUAAUCUGAGAGCAAUUCGCCUUACUACACAAACUCGAACGAUUGUUAGCGGACGAUACUCACGAUGGCUCCCACUUCCUUCAAGCUAAAUACCGGCCAGGAAAUCCCCGCUGUCGGUUUUGGAACAUGGCAAGCAGCCCCCGGCACAACCACAACAGCCGUCACAAACGCCAUUAAAUUCGGCUACAAGCUAAUAGACGCGGCCUACUGCUACGGCAACGAAGACGAAGUAGGCGCAGGCUUAAAAGCCGCCUUCGACGCCGGGUACGCCAAGCGCGAAGACAUAUUUGUCAUGACCAAGCUCUGGAACACAUACAGCAGCCGCGCCGAACUCGGAUUAGAGAAAUCGCUCAAGGCAUUGGGAUUAGAGUAUAUCGAUUUGUUUCUUGUGCACUGGCCUGUCGGUAUGAAUCCCAAUGGUAACGAUGACCGGUUCCCGAAGUUACCGGAUGGAAGUCGGGAUAUCGUGUGGGAACAUGAUCAUGUGGCGACUUGGAAAUCGCUGGAGAAGUUGCUAGAGACGGGCAAGGUUAGGGGCAUUGGUGUUUGCAAUUAUAGUAAACCGUAUUUGGAGCAGUUGCUUGCUAAGUCGGAUGUUGUGCCCGCGAUUAAUCAGAUUGAGAAUUCGCCUGCGCUGCCGCAGCAGGAGGUUGUGGAUCUUUGUAAAGAGAAGGGUAUUCAUAUCGUUGCGUAUAGUCCGUUGGGUAGUACGGGAGGACCGUUGCUGAAGGCGGAUGCUGUGACUAAGGUUGCGGAGAGGAAGGGUGUUAGUCCCGGGACUGUGCUUUUGAGUUAUCAUGUCGCCAGAGGCUCAACCGUCUUAGCCAAGUCCACCACGGAAUCACGCAUCAAAGCCAACCUCGAAAUCAUCGACCUCGACGCAGAGGAUCUCAAGAUUCUACAGGAAUACUCGGACGCCUUGGUUAAGGAGGGGAAGACUCAGCGAUAUGUAUACCCGCCGUUUGGCAUCAACUUUGGCUUCCCGGAUAGGAACAUUGGAAGGAGUAUUGCGAAUGGGUAUACGCCGGAAAGCUCUUGAGCGGUUCGGGAGAGGAUUGCGUUGAGGUAGCUAUGCCUACCUUUUGAGAAUUAGAAGAAUGAAUUUAAUAGAUUUAUUAUCUUUCA